ACCGCGAGCGAGAGCGCCCCCAAACAGAGCCUGCAACUUCUGCGUCUCUCCGCCAGGCCCUCGAGAGAAGGACGCCCUCCGGAGCAGCGCGCCGCCUCGGCCCUCGCCCCAGCCCGCCUGCCCGGCCCUUCGCCCCAGCCCGGCCCACCGCGCCACCUCCUUGGGGCUCCAUCCGCCGCGCUCUUCCCGGCUCCUCCUGCGCUCCACAAUGCACUCCCGCACCGCCCAGGCGCUCGCCGUCACCGUCACCCUUCUCCACUUGGUCAGGCUGGCGCUCUCCACCUGCCCCACCGCCUGCCACUGCCCCCUGGAGGCGCCCAAGUGCGCCCCUGGAGUCGGGCUGGUCCGAGACGGCUGCGGCUGCUGCAAGGUCUGCGCCAAACAGCUCAACGAAGACUGCAGCAAGACGCAGCCCUGCGACCACACCAAGGGGCUGGAAUGCAAUUUCGGCGCCAGCUCCACCGCUCUGAAGGGGAUCUGCAGAGCUCAGUCAGAGGGCAGACCCUGUGAAUAUAACUCCAGGAUCUACCAGAACGGGGAGAGCUUCCAGCCCAACUGUAAACAUCAGUGCACAUGUAUUGAUGGCGCCGUGGGCUGCAUCGCUCUGUGUCCCCAAGAACUCUCUCUUCCCAACCUGGGCUGUCCCAACUCCCGGCUGGUCAAAGUCACCGGGCAGUGCUGUGAGGAGUGGGUCUGUGACGAGGAUGGUGUCAAGGACUCCAUGGACGACCAGGACGGCCUCCUUGGCAAAGGCCUGGGAUUCGACGCUUCGGAGGUGGAGUUAACGCGGAACAAUGAAUUAAUUGCGGUGGGAAAAGGAGGCUCUCUGAAGCGGCUGCCUGUCUUUGGCAUAGACCCACGAAUCCUCUACAACCCUCUACAUGGCCAGAAGUGUAUCGUUCAAACAACUUCAUGGUCCCAGUGCUCAAAGACCUGUGGAACUGGUAUCUCCACACGUGUUACCAAUGACAACGCUGAAUGCCGCCUGGUGAAAGAAACCCGGAUUUGUGAAGUGCGGCCUUGUGGACAGCCACUGUACAGCAGCCUGAAAAAGGGCAAGAAAUGCAGCAAAACCAAGAAAUCCCCCGAACCCGUGAGGUUUACCUACGCUGGAUGUUCGAGUGUAAAGAAAUACCGACCCAAGUACUGUGGUUCCUGCGUGGAUGGCCGGUGCUGCACGCCCCAACAGACCAGAACUGUCAAGAUGCGCUUCCGCUGUGAAGAUGGAGAGACGUUUUCCAAGAACGUCAUGAUGAUCCAGUCAUGCAGAUGCAACUUUAACUGCCCUCACGCCAACGAAGCAGCCUUUCCCUUCUACAGGCUAUUCAAUGACAUUCACAAAUUUAGAGACUAAAUGCUACCUGGAUUUCCCAUAUGAGGGUGGACAAAAGAGAGAGCGAAUCACAGAGAAGGAUGGGGCGGUGUGGGUGGAGGGGACUCAGUGUAAAAGAGAUGCCGCACUUGUUCUUGAGGGGCAUGAAGGUGUUUCAGAGCUGCCGGAGGGGGUGGUGCGGAUGGACACUGAUGCAGCCGUGUCUGGCGAAUACUUUGCUUCAUAGUACUGGAGCACAUAUUCCUGCUUCAUUUUGGAGCUUGUGGUGUGUAGAUGACGUUCUGUUUUCUGUUUGUAAAUUAUUCGCUAAGCGUAUUUUUCUCUAGGCCUUUUUUUCCUUUUGGUUCUACAGUUGUAAUAGAGUUAAUAAGAUUAGUUGGACAGUGAAAGCCUUCAUUGGUCCUUUGACACAAGUAAAUGGGAAGAACUUCCAUCCCUUCCUGGGGAGGACACUCUGUGAGUGUCUAUUAGAGGCAGCUACCUGCACUCUAAACUGCAAACAGAAAUCAGGUGUUCUAAGACUGAAUGUUUUUAUUUAUCAAAAUGUAGCUUUCCGGGAGGGAGGGGAAAUGUAAUACUGGAAUAAUUUGUAAAUGAUUUUAAUUUUAUAUUCAGCGAAAAGAAUUUAUUUAUGGAAUUAAUCAUUUAAUAAAGAAAUAUUUACCUAA